AUGGGUCUGGUGCGCAACGCGCUUCUUCUACUCCUCGCCACUCUACUCUCGCUCAUCUCCUACGCCGGCGCUUGCACGCGCAAGAUCUACAUCGCCUGCAAGAAACCGGCUCCCUGCGGGGAGAUGGCGCGUUUUGACCCCACUCGGCUGUUUUUGCUGCUGACCCUAAUUUGCGUGCUGAUCGCCGGCGCCAGCUGUUGCAAGAAGAACAUAUCCUGCACCGGGCGAGCGCCUUGCAGACGCCUAUGGCGUCGUAAAUGGCGGCAUGGAGUAAGUGAAACUGAUGAAAUCAAAUCUGACACGUAUCACCCAUUAAGAAACAUUGAACAUAUCGAUCAAACCUGUUUUCCAUUCAGCAUGGCGUACAUCAACGAAUUCCUCCUCGUCUUCCUGCACAUCGCUGUCUGCAUGGUGGAAGUAUACCAGGGUAAAUGCCUCAGAGAACAGAUCAAGUCUGGUGACGGAAACUACCCCGGCGUGAAGAUCAUCAUCAAGAAAAAACAACAACGCUCC